GGCAUUUUGGGAACGCGUGGUGUUCUGGGAGCGCGCGACCCGCCAUUCGCGCACCUCACGCCUUCGCGGUCGCCUGAGUUCCGUCUACCCUGCAGCCUCUGAAAGAGGAGACCGGAGCCGGCUAAGGUUCGAGGGACUGCCUCUUGUGCUUCUCACAUCCCCCAGCUCCUCAGCGCUUACAGGAAGUAACGCAGGCUGCCAAAAAGCCGAACUCUCUUCCUGCCAAGAUGUCCAUCGGCGUGCCGAUCAAAGUGCUCCACGAGGCCGAGGGUCACAUCGUGACGUGCGAGACGAACACUGGCGAGGUGUACCGGGGCAAGCUCAUCGAGGCGGAGGACAACAUGAACUGCCAGAUGUCCAACAUCACUGUCACGUACAGAGACGGCCGCGUGGCCCAGCUGGAGCAGGUGUACAUCCGGGGCAGCAAGAUCCGCUUCCUGAUUCUGCCCGACAUGCUGAAAAAUGCGCCCAUGUUGAAGAGCAUGAAGAACAAAAACCAGGGCUCGGGCGCCGGCCGGGGAAAGGCGGCCAUCCUGAAGGCCCAGGUGGCUGCAAGAGGGAGAGGACGCGGAAUGGGACGUGGAAACAUCUUCCAGAAGCGAAGAUAAAUUUUAUUUGUUGGACAGAACUUGGCUCUUUUUUUUUCUUUUCGAUUAUCUGGGUCGGGAUGCGUGCCUAUGUACUAUGUUACUUGUAGGCAUCGUUUUUCCUUAGAUGUGUGUAAAAUGUUAAACUAAAUAAAUAUGGUGGGUUUUUUCUUUUUGAGAA